CAGGGAGCGCAGCGCAGGGUAACGGGGGGCGGGCGAGCCGCGGCCUGGGGAGGGAAAGAGGGCGAGGGUCGCCCUCGGGAUUUCUCCACGCCGCGGGUCCCGCUCAGCGAGGCCCGGGUGGGUCCACAGCAGCCCUUGUUACACACAGAAACGAUUUCACGAUCGCGUUUGUUUGUGCCCCUUCUCCCCCCAGGAAAAGCCGCGGUGCGAUCUGUGAGCUGCCAGAGCGGCGAGCUGGUGCUGUCGAGGACACUGAGCGACAGCGUGCUUGGCAGCCCUAACUUGAGGUGGCUGGAGCGGCGUCCCAGCUCCUGUGUCUGCUGCUGCCCAAACUGCUUUUCCCUGCAACAAGCGUCCUUUGUACCCGCAGUACUCGGUAGCCUUCUUCUGGGUUCUGAGCACGCCAGGUGACCUAUGCAUAAAAAUGUUGCGAUACUGGGGCGAGAUCCCGGUUUCCUCCAACCAGGCCAACCGCAGCUCCUUUGACCUGCUGCAGCGCGAGUUUCGGACCGUGGAAGUGCAGGAUCCGCCGCUGCACCAGCCGUCCGCCAACAAGCCCCGGCCCACCACCAUGCUGGACAUCCCCUCCGAGCCCUGCAGCCUCACCAUCCACACCAUCCAGCUCAUCCAGCACAACCGCCGGCUGCGCAGCCUCAUCGCCGCGGCUCAGGCUCAAAACCAGCAGCAAGCAGAGGGCAUAAAAACCGAAGAGAAUGAGCCUCUGCCAUCUUGUCCUGCCUCCCCACCUCUCCCUGAUGACCUGCUUCCUCUGGAUAGCAAAACCCCCAAAAUGCCAUUUCAGCUGAGGCACAGUGACCCAGAGAGUGAUUUCUACAGAGGAAAAGGGGAGCCAGUGACGGAGCUGAGCUGGUCCUCCUGCCGGCAGCUCCUGUACCAGUCGAUGGCCACCAUCCUGGCACACACGGGCUUUGAGUGCGCCAACGAGAGCGUCCUGGAGACCCUGACGGACAUCGCGCACGAGUACUGCCUCAAGUUCACCAAGCUGCUGCGCUUCGCCGUGGAUCGGGAGGCUCGCCUCGGGCACACCCCCUUCCCUGACGUCAUGGAGCAGGUCUUCCACGAAGUGGGCAUUGGCAGCGUGCUCUCACUGCAGAAGUUCUGGCAGCACCGCAUCAAGGAUUACCACAGCUACAUGCUGCAGGUUAGCAAGCAGCUCUCUGAAGAAUAUGAGAAGAUUGUCAACCCUGAAAAGGCAGCGGAAGACACAAAACCUGUGAAGAUUAAGGAGGAACCUGUUAGUGAUAUUACUUUCCCCAUAAGUGAAGAGCUGGAGGGAGAUUUGGCUUCUGGUGACCAGUCUUUGCCUGUUGGAGUUCUUGCAGCUCAAAGUGAGCGCUUCUCUGCCAACUUGGAAGUAGAAGCUUCCCCACAGACUUCAGGGGCUGAGGUGAAUGCUUCCCCACUGUGGAACUUGGCACAGGUGAAAAUGGAGCCACAGGAAAAUGAGGAGGCUAAUGUACAUGGCCACGGGGUUCUAGGCAGUGAUGUCUUUGAGGAACCAAUGUCAGGCAUGAGUGAAGCUGGGAUGCCACAAAGCCCCAAUGGCUCUGAGAGCAGCUACGGUUCUCAUUCUGCUGACAGCCUGAUGGGAUCCUCACCUGUCUUCAACCAGCGCUGCAAGAAAAAGAUGAAGAAGAUGUGAAAAGGAACAGUCUUUUUAUUUAGUCCUGAUGGUGUGCAACAGACACUUGAAAGGAGCUAGUACAGUACUGUGAUGAUUCCAACACAGGGCUGGCCCUGGUGUGUGAGGGACCUGCAUAAAAUUACUGUGAGAGGUUUGAUAUGUAGCUCCCCUCUUUGCUGGCUUUUGCACUCCAUCCUGAUUCAUGAAACUGAAGAUUGCCCUUUACAUUUGAUGGUGGCAUGGCUUGCUUUGGCAGAUUAAUGAGGAACGUGCUGGUGAAAAGUAGUUGUGAGGAGAUUUUGUAAGUUACAGAACCAUUGAAUACUUUGGAUUAAAGGGACCUUGUGUCAUUUCUACUCCAGCCUCCUAUUCAGAUCUCAGCCAGUUAGAGCAGGUUGCUAAGGGCUUUUUCCAUUUGAGUUUUGAGUAUCUACAAGGAUGGUGAUACCAAAUCUCUCUGGGCAACAUUUUCCUGUAUCUGGCAACUAUCACAGUAAGCAAAAGAAUAUAUUUGCAUCUAGUUAGAAUUUCCCAUGUUCCAACUUGUAUUCACUGCCUCUUACUUUGUCAUUGUGCAUCUCUGAGAAGAGUCUGACUGCCUUCUCUAACCCAGUUAUUAAGGGAUUCUAUACAAUGAGAUCUCUUCUAGCCUUUUCUCUUCUUACAUGUGGAGAAACCAUGUUGCCUGAGCUCUCCUUACUCAUCCUGUGCUCCAAUCCCCAAACCAGCUCUGUGACCUUCCACUGAAAUGACUGUGGUGCCCUUGUAAGGGGGAGCACAGAAAGGAAUGACAUCCUCCAAGCACUAUCUCACAAUUGCCGAGGAAAGAGGAACAGUAAUUUCCCUCAGUGUGCUGCCUACCUGCUUGCUGACUGCUGUGGGCAGCAAGAGAGUCCUAAGUCAGGGUGUAUCAGGUGGAGAGCUGUCUCUGAUGAUGAUGUAGCAAAGAUGCUGUAGUGUGGUCUCACAGUGCCAUUAGCCAGCUCCCUCAGUGCCUUCACGUUCAGCCUGUUCGUUUCAAUAGGCCUAAGUUCUCCCUAACUCAGUCUUCCUCUGCUGUAGGCAAUGCUUUAUUCCUGCAUGCUGCUUAGAAGGCUUGAGGACCUGGCAGGCCUUAAAGCAGAACUUACAGUGAAAACAGGUGAAAAAGAUGUUGUGUUCAUGAGCCUGAAAGUACAAAAAGCAUUCUUUGGUACCAUAUUGUUUGCAUUGUUGAACAGUAAACUAUAUUUUGUUUAACCUUCCUUUUGCUUCCAGUGCACUUAAAGAAGCCUUUCUUCUUGCUUCUUACCAGUUUGAACUCUAGCUGAGCUUUGGCUUUCCUAAUUUUCUCUGCGUACUUGGGCUGUGUCUCUAUAUCUCUUGGCCAGCCCAUCACCACUUCCACUUUUGUGUACCUUUGUGUUUGUGUUUGAGAUCAGUCAGGAGUUCCUCAGUCAUCUGUGCUGGCCUUCUGUCACGCCUGCUGUAAUUUCUGUUUGUCAGAAAGAACUGAUGUUUUAUUUUGAGAAGGCUGUCUUUGAAGAUAAAGCAGCACACUUGGGUUCCUUUGGGCAACCAGGACAGAAUUUCCCUUGUGAAAUUCUGCUGAGACAUUCCUUGAAUAAAACAAAAUAUGCUGACCUAAAGGUACAGGACUCUGUCUUGUACACAUUUCUCAGGAUUUUAAAUGCCACAGUUCUAUGUCUUCUGCAGCCAAGAUAUUCACAUUCUCCACCAAUUCUUUCUUGUUAGAAAUAAAACCAGCAGAGCUUACUCCCUAGUUGAUUACUUAAUCAUCUAUUCAGGGAAGUUGAUGUGGUUUUCUGGAGAGAAUGAAACAGCUUUUACUGAUGGUGCGAGCCUGUACUGGCAAUGCAAACUUUUCCUUUGCUGUCAUUGGAUUGAGUGCAGCAACUUCAGGCUGGCUGAGCUUUCAUAUUCAAGGUUGUUAUCUUGACAGCUUAGUCUGAAACAGAAUCUAUUUUGCUGCUUGCUUUUAUGGCUCAGCUGACUGAUGGAAUUUUUUUUGUUCUUCACAAUCCUCAGUUGAUCAACUCGGUCUUUAACUUGAUUCAGUGUGUCUCUCUCUCAAAAGAGCUAGAAUGAACAUGAAUCAAGAAUGAACAGCCACUUAAACUGGCUUUAUACCUGUAACCCCUUGGGAUGGUUGAGGGAAAUUUACCAAACCUACCAUUUAUCUUUACAAUUGCAGGUUUAUCUUCUGAAAGAGUGAGCUUCAGGCAUAGUAUUUUUGUUUCUGUAUAACAUGCCUGGCCUUAAUUCUUUUUUCCUAACUGUAUUUCUCUUCCACUUUAUAGAAGUGGAAUCCAAACAUAAAAUUCCUCAAUGUCUAAUAAGAAUGCGUGACCAUAGGCUUUUAUGGACAGUGGAGUUAAAAUUGUCCAUCAGAGUUUUAAAGGUCUCUCCUGGGGGGUAAAUUCUCACAAUUUUAAGCCUAGUCAGUAGUAGAAGAGCAUACCAGGAAAUCUUUAUUUUGAUUCCCCCUAAGUCACCAUUAGCCAAGCUGCAAUGUCCCUGUUUUCUCAUCUGUAAAAAAGAAUAGUAAUAUUUGCCUUUAAGAAGUGUGUUUGAGAUUUAGUUGCUCUGCAAGAAAAAGGUGCAGUAAUCAUUCAGAGAGUUUUGUGAGAGCUGCAAGCUUUUAUUCCACUUCAGUUGGAUUGUUGCUGGCUGGAGAAUGCUUAGAUGGUCAUGGAAAUGUCUUAGAUGACAUAGAUUUUAAACAAAACUGCUGAUCACAAAGAACAACACAACUUUGCUGUUCAACUGUCCAGGUACAAGGAAGGCAUUUGGGGUGGUACCUUCUCACUCAGCUUUAGAUGUCUGCAUCUAAACUUGUUACUUCGGGCCACAUUUGCAGUUGAAUAGAAAUAAUCAUUCUUUGGUCACUGUCCUUUUGGCCUUGAGGUAGAAGUAUAAAGCAGGUUGAAUGAAUGGCAUUUUUAGAAAGGUGUAUUUUUACUUUGUGUGCCCAUGAAGUGAGUUCAGCUUGACUACCUGUGCUGAAGACAUCCACACUGUCAGUGUAUGAAGUAAGUGAUGUGACUUAAGCCUUUCCUGGAUGGGAAUCAGAGACUUUCUCCUGCUGGGCCAGUGCUUUUUCUUUUCUGCACAUUUACUAGAGCUUGCUGUUCAAAUGGCUAAGAGCUAAACCAGCAGAUCCAGCAUUCCCCACAACACUCAGAAUGUGCCAGGAUGGGGCCUUGAGGCUCAGCCUGAUUUGCCCUAUGUGUCUUUGACACUGUGUGAGAACACCUGUCAUUGGGCCUUUCUCUCUAAGUGCUUAGCAAACUGGUUCUUGUAGUGUACUUGCAGCCAGGCUACUUAUGCAGAGUCCAUUGCACUAUUUUUGGGAGCCAAAUGACAGAGUGACUGCUGCCAGGAUCACUUGCUCAUUUGCAAGAUUUCAAGUGGGCUACAAAUGAAAAUCUAGUGUUCUUUAGGGCUUUGGUUAAACCUCCUGAGUGUUAAUCUUAAGUGCUUUCUCUGUAUUGUUCAUGUACAGAUGUUCUAUCUUAACUUUUGUGAUUUUUUUUAAUUUGACAUUCCCUUUCCACACCAAUUUCACCCUCUAACACACUCUGCAGCAAGCCAAGCCUGAGUGCUUCAAGUGUAUUUAAAUGCAGUGCAUAUUGACUGUCUUUUGAAUCAGCUGUGUUGUUGCAGUGUAAGGGAGAAGUGCUAUUGAUUCUCUUUGGGAUGUAUGCAAAGGUGAGAAACCCAUCAGCAUCGCUUAUACACUUAAAAAUGAAGGCAGAGUAAUAGCUGUACCUCCUGUUCCCCCACUGUGCUAAGGGUUGCAGCUGACUUUUGUGUGCUUAACAUUUCCUUUUAUGCAUGUGGAAGCUUCACCUUCUGGGUGAGCCCUUUGCCUCUGAACAUUUAUGAUUCUUGUAUUUACAGUGGUGUUCAUCAUGCAUGAAAUAGUGAAAUUUAAAAACUAGCUCACAAAGUCAGACACAGACUAUAUGCUCUUUUGAUGGAUCAAAUAAGAUUUUGCUAGGUGUUAAUGCAGCCUUGGGCAAAUAGUGAGGUGUGUUCGUUGACCGUGUAAUCCCCAAAUUUUAAACCACAGUGAGAUUAUGCAGUGGGUUGGAAUGAAGCUCUGCUUUCGCAGUUGCUGUUUCUUGCUGGUGGCUGGUGAAGCACUCUGAUGACCCACCUGCUUCAACAGUCUGCAGUUUUCUUUCAUCUUUCACCUUUCUCUUUUCAGAAGUGGGUGGAUGAAAAAUGGGAAUAUUGAGCAUUGACCAUAUCCAUAUCCAGUAGCAUUGAUGUCUGACAGUGAUUUUUUUUUUUUUUGCCAUGAUUGAAAUUGGUAGGAACUUUGCUAUAAAUUUGGAUAGCAAGAUCUGUAAAUUACUUGGCUUUUGAAGUGUUUUGCAUAGGAAUCACACAGGAUUGUAGUUGAGAGAGUGCUGUAUAUCAUACUCCUUUUCCCCUCUAGCAGUACCUUUUUAUUCCUUUUGAAGAGUUUUGCCUGGUAUCCAGUAAAGUUCUCUGUAUAAAUGGCAGUGUAACAACUUAUGUGUACAGCUUUAUGUCAGACUGUGCUACCUAGUGAUUUAAUUCCAAGGCCAUCCAUGAUAAUUUGAAUAUGCAUAAUGCUGUGCAGAAAAAGAGAUGUUUCCUGCAUAAAAAUGUACAAUUUAAAAAGAAAACAGGAAAACAAGAUUAGGUAGGGUAGGUGAGGCCAAUCUGAUUAUGUGCUCAGUUCUGAGACUAAUGCACAUGUUAUGUGUGAAGGAUGUUUUACUUAAAAUGUUUUUGUACAUGCAUGUGAAAGAAAUAUGUAACUUUGCUUUGUGUUUAUAUGGAACAAAAUUACUUGGAAAUAUUUCAGGGUUGGGUUUUUUCCCUUGCUCUCCUGGAGAGAGUUGCUUUGUAAUUUCUAAGAAAAUAAAUAAAACUAUUCAGAAAUAAAAA